AGAAACAAAAAUAGUACAGAACGCAUUUCCAGCUGAAGGGUGGAUAGAAAUGUUUAUGAAGGCAGCUGUCACAAGACAACUUACAAGAACCAAUUUGAAAUUCUAUAGCAAGAACGAUUCAGAAGGGCAACAAUGGUGAUUAGGAACUAAAAGGACUCCCUCUCUGGAAUCAAGCAUAAUAGCAGAGAUGGCACAAGCAAAAGCACACUGCAAGAAAAGGCAAGUGACAAUCUUCAUUAUAUCGCUGUUUUGGUGGGAGACAGGUUCAGAAUUGAUUCAGUAUUCUGUUAUGGAGGAGACAGAGAGUGGCACAUUUGUGGCCAACUUGACAAAGGAUCUGGGUCUUAGAAUGGGAGAGUUAGCUACUCGGGGGGGCCGGGUUGUUUUCAAAGGGAAUACACAGCAUUUACAAAUUGAUCCACAGACCUAUGAUUUGUUGCUAAAUGAGAAACUGGACCGGGAGGCGCUGUGUGGUGCCACCGAGCCAUGUAUGAUACCUUUCCAAGUGUUAUUGGAAAAUCCCCUGCAGUUUUUUCAGGCUUCACUAAGAGUGGAAGAUGUAAAUGAUCAUGCCCCAGAGUUCCCCUCCAGAGAAAUGCUACUAAAAAUAUCAGAAAUUACUAUCCCUGGAAAAGCAUUCCCAUUGAAAAUGGCGCAGGACUUAGAUGUUGGUAGGAACAGUCUUCAGAGCUACACAAUCAACUCCAAUCUUCACUUCCACGUUCUCACUCAGAAUCGCAGCGAUGGCAGGAAGUUCCCUGAGCUGGUACUGGACAAAGCCUUGGACCGCGAGGAGCAGCCCCAGCUUAGGCUAACCCUCACAGCCCUGGAUGGCGGGUCUCCACCACGGUUAGGUACUACAGAGAUUAAGAUCCUGGUUCUAGACAUCAAUGACAACGCCCCUGAAUUUUCACAGGAACAAUAUCAGGUGGAGAUCCCUGAAAACUACCCCCUUGCCUCUCUGGUGAUCACAGUUUCAGCAAAAGACUUAGACGAAGGAUCCUUUGGGGAUGUAUCCUAUGCCCUUUUUCAAGUCGAUGACAUUAAGCAACCCUUCGAAAUUAAUACAGCUACAGGAGAAAUCCGACUGAGAAAGAUGCUGGAUUUUGAGGAAUUUCAAUUUUAUCACGUGGAUGUUGAGGCCACAGACGGUGGUGGACUAUCAGGAAAAUGCUCUGUACUUAUCAAGGUCUUGGACGUGAACGACAACGCCCCAGAGCUGACCAUUUCAUCUAUCAUCAGCCCUGUCCCUGAAAACAUGCCCGACGUCAUGGUGGCAGUAUUCAGUGUGUCAGAUGCAGAUUCUGGACAAAAUCAGCAGGUCGUUUGUUCCACAGAUGACAAUAUCCCCUUCCUCUUAAAAUCAUCUGAACAGAAUUUCUACACUCUAGUCACAAAUGGACCGCUGGACCGAGAAGAGAGAGCCGAGUACACCAUCGUGAUCACGGUGAAGGACCUGGGCAGCCCGCGGCUGCAGAGCCAGCACCAGGUGACUGUGCGCGUGUCCGACGUGAACGACAACGCCCCCGCCUUCAGCCAGCGCGCCUACACCCUGCGCGUGCGCGAGAACAACAGCCCCGGGCUGGCGCUGGGCAGCGUGCGCGCCUGGGACGCGGACGAGGGCGCCAACGCGCAGCUCAGCUACUCGCUGCUGCCAUCGCCCUCGGCCCCGGCCUCGCCCUCGGCCUCGGCCUCGACCGGCCGCCCGCAGCAGCCGGCCCCGGGCGCGCUGGUGUCCAUCGACGCCGACAGCGGGCAGCUGUUCGCGCUGCGCGCCCUGGACUUCGAGGCGCUGCAGGCCUUCGAGUUCCUGGUGGGCGCCACGGACCGCGGGUCGCCGGCGCUGAGCAGCCAGGCGCGGGUGCGCGUGCUGGUGCUGGACGCCAACGACAACGCGCCCUUCGUGCUGCACCCGCUGCAGAACGGCUCCGCGCCCUGCACCGAGCUGCUGCCGCGCGCGGCCGGCGCGGGCUACCUGGUGAGCAAGGUGGUGGCGGUGGACGGCGACGCGGGCCAGAACGCCUGGCUGUCGUUCCAGCUGCUCAAGGCCACGGAGCCCGGGCUGUUCGGCGUGUGGGCGCACAGCGGCGAGGUGCGCACGGCGCGGGCGCUGAGCGAGCGCGACGCGCCGCGACACCGGCUGGUGGUGCUGGUGCGGGACAAUGGCGACCCGCCGCUGUCGGCCAGCGUCACGCUGCACGUGCUGCUGGUCGAUGGCUUCUCGCAGCCCUACCUGCCGCUGCCCGCCGCGCCCGACGCCGCCGCCGCCGCCGCGGGUGCCGCCGCCGCCGGAGCGCGGCCCGAGCGCCUGACCGUCUACCUGGUGGUGGCCUUGGCCGCCGUGUCGUCGCUCUUCCUGUGCUCGCUGCUGGCCUUCGUGGCCGCGCGCCUGUGCCGGCGGGCCGGGCGGGCUGAGACGGCGGCGGCGGCGGCGGGGGCGCUGGCGGGGUCCGAGGGACACUUUCCGGGACACCUGCUGGACGCGGGCGGUGCGGGGACCCUGUCGCACAGCUACCAGUAUGAGGUGUGUCUCGCGGGGGGCACCGGGACCACCGACUUCAAGUUCCUGAAGCCGGUUGUGACUGACUUUCCUCCCCAGGCUAAUGGAGCUGAAGUGGAGGAAAACCCCAACUUUCAGAAUAGCUUCCUAUUUAGUUAAGUACUUGACCAUGCUAGUAAACCCUAUUUAAUCCUUUGGAAUCUUCUUUAUUUUGGCACUAUAUGUUAUUGAUGAUAGUUCUCGUUCACUUUAUUACUGUAGCUAGGGUGUGAUUAUUUAAAAAUUACGCUGUUUACCAACAGUUUUUUUUUUCUUAAUCACUACUUGGUAGAUCUUACUGCUCUUUAAGCUCUAUUUGAUAAUCUGAACACAUUUUUAUGUACAUAAUUAAACUGCGAACUUCC